GCAGCUGAUUGCAAAUUCAAACGUUCGAAAGGUGCGCUAUUUAUAUGACUGUAUCUUGCGAACGGAAACGCGCAUUGUUGUAUCGCAUAUCUCAAUAUGUCCAUCACAAUUGAUCACAAAUGUCCUUGAGCUACCAACCAUCUUCCAACCUACUCGAGGUGUGCAUCUCUGCAGCCCUUGAAGUUCAGCUUCAGCCUUCAACUUCAAGGAAGACGGUUGUCAGGAGACGCUUUUGUAGAAAGCGAACGUCCUCGAGUAAAGCCUGUAGGCAAAGAGUAGACCAGCAAGCUAAGAAGAACCGGAAGUGCUUCUACGCCAUUUCAGAGGUGCCAUUUACAUCAAUGGCGGAGGGGGCGGAUGCAAAGGUUGAGAAGGAGGAGGGCGAGAUUACGCCGUCAAAAGGGGCCGACGAGGCGUCUAAGAAGCACCCUCUAGAGCACCACUGGACUCUUUGGUUUGAUAACCCGCAGACAAGGAAAGGGCAGGCGUGGGGCAGCACGAUGCGGCCAGUGUACACGUUUGGGACGGUAGAAGACUUCUGGUGCCUCUUCAAUAAUGUCGUGCAGCCUAGCAACCUGAUUGUUGGCGCGGACUUGCAUCUUUUCAAGAAGGGCAUCGAGCCCAAGUGGGAGGACCCGAAGUGUGAGCACGGAGGCAAAUGGACAUUGCCGGUGCGAAAAGGAGGCAAGGGUCCGGAUGCCAAGGGGCCGACGCAACUAGAUACGUUCUGGCUGCACACGCUGCUGGCAAUGAUUGGGGAGCAGUUUGACGACGGCGAGGAAGUGUGCGGGGUGGUGCUGCAGAUCCGUUCCAAGGAGGACAGAAUAGCCAUCUGGACCAAGACGGCGAGCAACGAGGCGGGGCAGGUGAACUUGGCUAAGCAAUGGAAGGAGUUCCUGGACGCAGACGACCGAAUCGGAUACAUCACUCACGCGGAUGCUAAGGAGCUAGAUAGGGGUGCAAAGAACAAGUACACAAUCUGAGGUGCACAAACUAUGUGCAGCUGAUCGUACGAUAUUGGGAACAUUGGCUUGAAUCCGGCCCAGAUACUUCACAAUCUGGUGUCAAGGGUCUUUUCCUUGUCAGAUGUCCUCUAGCAGUCUGUCUCCAGCGUGUUUUUGACAAUCUCGGGGGCAUAUCCAAGAGAAUGCGCGGUGUCCGACUGUUUUGGCACGCAGCCGAAAGGGGAAGCUAAGAGCUAUAUUACUGCUUGAGCGGCGGUGCAAUCUCUUGAGGGACAUAGUUGUGGGAAGCUGUGAGCCGUACAUCAUGCGCAGCGAAAGUCGGAUUGUUGUACGGUGAACAGCGUUGCCCGGCAAAAACGAAGUGCAGGCCGUGUCCGCAUAAGUCGGACGCCAGGUAAUUAUGUGAGUAGCAAAGAUGAUGUCGGAAUGUUCAGCUGGGACCAUUUUCAGCUAGCUCGCGCCUUGGAGUCACUCACAGAACUGAGUAUUGUCGUUAUCAAAUUUGCAUGGUAUAUAUGGCGCUUGGGUCCGCAAACGCUCACCCGGGGGCAUGGACAUAUAUGAAAG